UGAACAUGAUGACACCUACAAACUUAGUCUUUUAUCUGACUUGUUUGUUCUUGGGGAAAAUGGCCCAAAAGACUGAUUUGAAAUCUUCCUCAUCCAUUCAUCAAGAGAGUCGUGUUAUUUCAGUUAAUGUUGGUGAGAAUGUGACUUUGCAAUGUUUCAAUGAAGAUGAUGAUUCUGCAUGGCUUUUCUGGUACAAACAAACUAUCGGACAGAAACCGAGGCUCAUAUCCACCUACAAAGUGGUUACAAAAAAAAGCGUAUAUCACUUGACAAUCACAAACGCGCAAAUUUCAGAUUCAGCUACCUACUACUGUGCAACUAGCGAUUAUUAUGUCUUGGAUUUUGCAGAAGGGACUAUUGUCAGUGUAAUAAGUUUGGGUUUGUAUACUAAAGCUUCAGUACAUCAGUCGGCAUCUGAGACUAUGCAGCUCGGAGACUCUGUGACUCUAAACUGUACAGUACACACUGGAAGCUGUGGUGCAGAACACAGUGUUUACUGGUACAAAAAGGAAGAGGAAUCUCAUCCAGAAAUUAUUUAUACACAUGGAGUCAGGAAUGAUCAGUGUCAGAGGAAACACAACACACAAACACACACCUGUGUCUACAACCUAUCGAUGAAGAGUCUGAAUCAAUCUCAUGCUGGGACCUACUACUGCGCUGUUGCUGCGUGUGGAGGCAUUGUGUUUGGAGAGGGAACCAAGCUGGAUUUUUCUCGAGAUGAAGUGGAGUCUCUUGCCUUGGUGUAUUACUUAAGUGGAGCAUUGACAUUCAGCACCAUCUUAGCUAUUGUACUGGCCUUCAUAGUAUACAAGAUGUUCAACAGAAACAACAGUCAGAGUGAAGAGCCUCAAACAAAAUCAUCAACCCCCUCCACAUCAAAUCAGCAGGGUUUUCGAGACGCAGACAGCCUGCAUUAUGCUGCUAUAAAUGUUAAGCAGCCCUACAGAUCAAGAAGACAGAAGGACGUUAUGGACAGUAUGGGUGAAUGUGUGUACUCUAGGAUAAAACUAUAAAAUCUAGCAUGUGGUUAAGGAAUAAACUGCAAUUUUGUUGUACUUUAAAUGAAGUUAAUGUAGAUUUAGGUGGAAAUUUUAAAAUGUACUUGUGCAUCUUCCUCAUGCAGUAUGGACAUGGUAGAAAAAUCCAUCCGCACCCCAAGUUUAUUCAGAAAUGUAUAUGGCAAUUAGAAAGGUAGAUUAAGGAUCUUUAGUGGUUCAUGGCUUCACAUAUUGUCAUUAGACUGUAGAUGACUUUAUUGUACCUUAAGUGGAGCUUUAUUCUGUUUUGGACAAUAAAGAUAUUAUAGAGAGGCAUCCUGCUCAUCCCUGAGUGGGAUGAGUGUUUCAACAUUUCAAUCCAUGUGUGAUGACUACCUUGUGUGACUUUUCCUUUACUAAAGUGAUAUAUCUGUAAUUAUUUCUGUAAACUAGACAUACACAAAUAAAGCUA